AGUGGAUGGCUCCGCGCGAGCUCAGUGUGGUCUAUUUUAUCUUCUCCGUUGAGUUGUUUCCGUGCCAGCGAUAGCAGAGAGAGAGAGAGAGAAUGGCCGAUGAGGAGGUGAAGGCGCAAGUUUCGACGGAUCCUCCGCCACCUCCGCCACCGACGGCGGAGGAGAAAUCGGACGAUUCCAAAGCUGUCGUAGUUGUGGAGAAUCCCCCUGCAGAAGAAAAAAGUGUACCAAAGGCAAUUGAUAGAGAUAUUGCUUUGGCACAGGUAGAGACUGACAAGAAAUUGUCUAUGAUCAAGGCAUGGGAGGAGAGUGAAAAAACUAAAGCAGAAAAUAAAUCUCAAAAGAAGUUGUCAACUAUAACUUCAUGGGAGAACUCCAAGAAAGCAGAUUAUGAAGCAGAGCUGAAAAAGAUCGAGGAAAAAUUAGAGAACAAGAAGGCAGAAUAUGCUGAGAAAAUGAAAAACAAAAUUGCUAUGAUUCACAAAGCAGCAGAAGAGCAGAGAGCAGCUGUUGAAGCCAAGCGCGGUGAAGAGCUAUUGAAGGCCGAAGAAGCUGCUGCAAAAUAUCGCGCCACAGGGCAGACACCAAAGCAAGGCUGUAGCUGCUUCAGCUCAUGAACAAGAUCUUUGUUCUUCAUGCAUGUUUUCUUGCUUGUGGUGUUAUGUCAAGUAUGUGAGUGUUAUUAAAGAUUUCAGCUUGUAUCGUUGUAAAAAAUGGGUGAUGUUUGUUUGUAAGUUUAAAAUCCUCAGAAACAAAAACGACAUUUAGGUUAUGCAUUUAUGUUAUUUGUGAGACAGUUGACUGUAUGUAUUGUCUCAAGAUACCUUAUUCUUUCAAGAAUGGAUUAAUGUAUUUUGUGUCUGAA